CCUGCUCCUAGAUAUCUCCACAAGAUAGUACAGAACUCAUUUCCCUGCCUUCACGUCUCGUUCCGUCAGCAGCGUUGUUUAUUCCAGGACGCCUUAGCCCGCUUCUCGCAAAAAUCUCGAACUUAGGGAGGGAUCAGGCUAGGCAGUAGGCAACUGUCGUAACGCUGGUUGGUCUUGGUGCGAUAGAUCCGAACGCUUGUCCAAGGGACUGAUCCGACGACCAGACCGGAGGCUGGUUCGAAUUGGCUCGCGAUUGUUCUCGUGCUCGUGACCAAGCAUCUAUCGAUCUACUCUUCCUCUGGGCCUAGCGUCUCGCGCCACUUAUCCAGCCAUGGCUGCGACCCUCGCGGAUUCCUUUUUGGCGGAUCUGGACGACCUCUCAGACAAUGAAGAGGCGCCUCAGGAAGUCGGUGGUGGAGAGGGCGUGGAGGAGGGGUCGGAUGAGGAGGAAGAGACAAUGGACCUAGAGGCGCUCAACUACGAUGACUUGGAUGCUGUGGCCAAGCUGCAGAAAUCAGCCCGGUUUAUCGACAUGAUGCGGAGGGUGGAAGCUGCACUGGAAGCUUCGGAUGCCCAACUGGCCAGUGAGGGAGAACCAGAGGGCGCAGGACCCUCUUCUGAACAGAAGCAACUGGAGCAGCAGCAGGAGCAGCAGCAGCAGGAGCAGGAGGGUGGCAGUCUGCCUGUGUCGGCGGCAUCAGCAGCCGCAGCAGCUGUAGCUGCAGGCCUCACCCCUCCCUCUGCCACUGCUGCUGCUGCUACAGCCGGAUCGGCUGCUACAGCUGCUGCUACAGCUGUUGCAGGCCCUAUGGACGAAUCAGAGUACCAACUAAUCGUGGACUGUAACGGUCUUGCUGUAGACAUUGACAACGAGAUAACCAUAGUGCAUAACUUCAUUAGAGACAAUUACCGCCUUAAAUUCCCCGAGCUGGAGUCCCUGGUGCUGCACCCGAUCGACUACGCGCGCGUGGUCCGUCGGAUCGGCAACGAGAUGGAUCUGACGGUGGUGGAUCUAGAAGGGCUGCUGCCCUCGGCGACGAUCAUGGUGGUGUCAGUUACAGCCUCCACCACUACGGGACGGCCGCUGCCAGACGACGCGCUUCAGAGGACGAUGGAAGCGUGUGAUAGAGCCCUGGCAUUGGACGACGCAAAGAAGAAGGUGCUCAGGUUCGUGGAGAGCAGGAUGGGAGGUUUGGCGCCGAACCUAUCAGCCGUGGUUGGUUCGGCGAUUGCAGCUCAGCUGGUGGGCGUGGCAGGGGGGCUCAUGGCACUAGCCUCCAUGCCUGCCUGUAACAUCCAGGUCUUGGGAAGCAAGCGCAAGACGCUAUCCGGCUUUUCCACCGCUUCCUCCCUCCCCCACACUGGCUUCCUCUUCUUCUGCGAGGUCGUCCAGGCCACCCCCCCGCCCCUGCGCAUGCGAGCCACGCGCCUCGUGGCGGGUAAAUGCGCCCUGGCUGCCCGAGUGGACGCCAUACACGGGGACCUGGCCGGGGGUGCGGGGAGGAAGCUGAGGGGCGAGAUCGAGAGGAAGAUUGAGAAGUGGCAGGAGCCGCCCCCGGCGAAGCAGCCCAAGCCGCUGCCGGUGCCUGAUGCUGAGCCAAAGAAGAAGAGAGGGGGGAGAAGGUUGAGGAAGAUGAAGGAACGAUAUGGCAUCACGGACAUGCGGAAACUCGCCAAUCGCAUGCAAUUUGGAGUGGAGGAACAGUCGACGCUGGGGGACGGGUUGGGCGAGGGCUAUGGCAUGCUGGGACAGGCGGGUUCGGGGCGACUGAGAGUGGCGGCUGCUGCCAGCAACCUCAAGACCAAGGUGGCCAAGAAGUUCAAAGAGCGCAGCUAUGGCAGCAGUGGCAACACGUCGGGCUUGUCUUCGAGUCUUGCAUUCACACCUAUCCAGGGCAUAGAGCUGACCAACCCGCAGGCAGCGCAGAUGUCCCACUUGGGCAGCGGCACACAGAGCACGUAUUUCUCAGAAACAGGCACCUUUUCCAAAAUCAAGAAGCCGUGAGGGGAAGGGGGAAAGAGGACAACUUGCAUACAAAGUCGAGUUGCAUGUACUUGAUACUACUGUAAACACCCGGAUGAGGCUUGUGUCUCGUAUUUCUGGGGACCCGCAUUACGGUUGGUUUGUGCCCACGAAAUGUUGAGGGCGUGGAUGGUGGGGGUUGUGUUCUCAAAGUUUCGCAAUCAGUUGCAAUUCCAGGGUUGGAUUUUGGGGCGAAAUUUUUGUCCCGUGAGACAUUUUCGGGUCCUGAUCAGGGCUGACGUUUCAAAAAAAGGCACUCUGAUUUUACCCCCCAAUUUUUUUUCGAAGUAUGAUGGGUCAUUUUUCGAAUUUUGCCUACUCUGAAAUCUCUGUGUCCAAAAGUUGUCUAGGCUGAAAUACUCAGGGUUCAGAAUGUAGAAUCAGAGUCCACGGGCAGGGCCUAACUGUUAAAUGAUAUAUUU